GCACGUAUUGUAACUCACAGUAAAACAUCUCCGUGUCAGUAACAGUAGAUCCGGAGUCACGGUAAACAAGCUAUUGAUGCCAUAGGUCACAGGCAAUUAGUUAAAAAUAGAAGCCAUUUGUGGUUUGCAUAGCAAGCCCCACCCCGAAUACCCGACGGGAAACCUAAACUGAAAUCAUAGCUGUUCCUGCUCACGGAAAGACAGUCGUUACUUCGUGGUCUACCGCCUGACUAGAGUAUGCUGCUUACGAUCACUUUUCUUCUUGGCUUCCUACUCGACUUGUCGUCCGGACAAAGAUCUGGAGGUGUCGGUGUCUCAACGACGACUAUCCGGAGCAGUUCACAGUAUUGGCACUACGGCAUCUCAUUUUUCCAUUUCACUGAUAUACCAGGAGUUGAUCCAACUAUCACGUUUUCUCAGUGCUCAGAAAAGCUGGAUGAGGUUCAAGUAUGAAAUAGCCUCACCCUCUCUCCUCAGAGUACACAGUUGAAGUAGUGGCUAUAGAGAUCUUGGUGGGCGUUCUUUGACAGGAAUGUGGCAAGCACAUACAAGUGUGGACAGGAUGGUUUCCACUACAACUGGUUACAGAUGCGUGCAACUCACAAAUAGGCUAAACAGGAAUAGGUGUCAAUCCUUUAGAGUGACAGCAACUGUUUCAGUUGAUUGUAAGUAUGUCACAAUCAGUGACAUCACAUUUGGUGACAGGUCAAUUUGUCAACAUUCAUUCAACACAAAGAAAACAUUUAAAUGUAAUUUUGAUGAUGAUGACUGUGGUGUUAGGAAUGAUGCAUGCGGCUUGGUUGACUGGGACAUAAGAUACAAUGAUUCAAGCAGCUUAGACAAACCAUCAUCCCUCUGCAGUAAACAUGUUGGUGUGCCACUACUGAAGCAACAAAUACGAGAAAGUUGCUCAUAUGAUGAUCUCAACAUUGUCAAGCUACAACAGUCCGGGUUUACCCAGUUUACCACUUCAUCAAAAGUUACUAGGCCGUUUACAAGCACGACUGCAGUCUUAAGCAGACAUAGACGAACAUUUGGAUAUUCUCUUUACCUUGUUCCAUCUCAAAUUGGGGGUGUAGCCAUUGGAAUUCUCAACCUGCCCAUUGUUGUACACCACGAUGACAAUAGUUAUCUGAAAUUUGAGUGUGACAUGAUUGAAGAUGGUUUUCAUGAUCUUAUGGUGACUGCUGUUUGUUUAUCAGACCCUAACCGCUCACUGAUCCCUCUUGGUCAACUAGGUUUACAUUUUCAUGUUACUCAUUUAACUGGAAAAGGCAUAAGCCACUCAGUCUGCCUAGACCUUUACAGUAAAAUAAAUAUAAGGACAUGCUCACAGUUUGCAAUACAAAUCAAGGCUGCAGCUGUUCUGACUGCUAUCAUUGUUGAUGACUUUGAGUUUUUUGCAAAACCUAAAGGGCAGUUACUGUGAUUAUGGAACCGGAUUUAAGAAAUAAAAUGUGUCCACUUGAGCGAUACCAAUUCAAAUGACCAACUUUGUUGGAUGCUAUUGGUAUGUGAACUGACAUGUGAUGGAUUUAUUACAUUACAUUUUGAGUCUAGGUUGAUGUGCUUUGAUUGCCUGGCAGUACAAAGCUCUAGUAAAGCUCUUAACAGCGUUUUCAGAUAUGCAAAAUAAGAGUUGAAUAAAAAAGUAGAUUGUUACAA